AGGAGGCGACGAGAGAGCGGCGGCCGCAGCAGCCGGAGGAAGAACACCAACAACGCUUCGACCACAGCUGCUGCUGCCGCCUCCUCCUCGUCUCCUCCCUCCUCCUCCGCCCCCUCGGCACCAGCGAGGGCAGCGAUAGCGGUGGCGGAGGAGGCGUCGCCUGACUCCAAGUGCCCGAUAUGUCUGGACCGCUUCAACAACCUGGCGUACCUGGACCGCUGCCUGCAUCGCUUCUGCUUCCCCUGCAUCCAGGAGUGGUCGCACAACAAGGCCGAGUGCCCGCUCUGCAAGCAGCCCUUCGCCUCCAUCCUGCACUCAGUCCGCGCCGAGGACGACUUCAAGGAGUAUACGCUGCGGCCGGCGCCAGCCAACAGCAGCGUCGCUGCCACGGUGGCGAUGGUGGCGGCGAUGGCUUCGGCCGCGAGGAGCGACCACCAGAUGCGGCUGAUGCUGAGGAGACACAGAGUGGCAGACGGCGGAGAGACGACCACGAGGAGGCGGAGGAGGGAGAGGGGAGGAGUUGGAGGUAGGAGGGUGGGGGAGAGGACGGGGGUGUGGGAGUGGUACCUGGAUUCCCCUCCUCUUGCUUUUCCUCCUCUUCCUCACCAUCCUGCCGUCUCUCCCGUCGUUGCAGAGGACAGCGAGGAGGGAGAAGACCUGGAGGAGCAGAGGAGGAGGGGUGGGCCUGAUCUGGCGGAGCGUGGGGUCAUAUUUGAGGGACUGACUGGACUCGGGGGGGCGGCGGCCCCCGCGGCCCCCAACGACCGGGCGUCUCGGCGGCUGAUAACUCGCCUGGUUGCGAGGCAGCGGCUGCAGCGAGAAGGUGGAACUGUGCGGCGGCUGAGGGAGAGAGAGACGGUGGCCUUCCGCCGGGCCCUCUACCGGAGCGGCAUACGGGUCCGCAGCGUGGCCGGGGUUGAUAACCAGGGGCAGCAGCGUGACAUCACAGCGGAGAGCUUCCGCCGGAACCCCACCUACCUGAAUAGACUCCGCCCCUGGCUGCGGCGGGAGCUCACCGUAUUGUAUGGUGCGCAUGGCUCGCUAGUCGACAUCGUCCAGCGCAUCAUCAUGGCAAGGCUGGCCCGCCACGGCCUGGAGGACACACCCACCAUAGAAGAAGAGCUGCGGCCGUUCCUGUUGGCCCGCACCGACCACUUCCUGCAUGAACUGGUCAGCUUCGCCCGUUCUCCGCUUAGCCUUGAAGACUACGACCUGCAGGUGGUGUACGAGCCGCCAGCCGCCGCCCUGGAGCUGGACGGGAUGAGCAGCUCCAGCGACAGCAGCUCCGUCAUCGCCAUUUCAGAGGGCGAGGAAGAGGAGAGGCCGGCGGGAGGAAGAUCAGAGACUAGGCUGCAGGGGUGGGCGGCGGACACUCAUGAUGAAGUCAUCCAAACAGAAAACUGCCUCAGCCUGUCAGCCUGGGAUGACGAGACGCCAGGCCCCUCCUACUCCACCGCCAAGCCUUCCUGUUUGCUCGCCGCUCAGGAGGCAGCCAAUGAGGAGAGAGGAGAGAAGAGGGGGGAGGAGGGGGAGGAGGAGUGUCUGAUUGUCGGAUACAAGAAGCCGAUAGCAGAGCGGACUCCUGAACUGGUGCAACUCUCCUCUGACACCGAGGAAGAGGAGGGAAGAAGAAGAAGGAGGAGGAGCAGGAGAAGAUGGCUGAAAAGCCUCCUCCCCUCCCCUCCACCACUCCUCCCCUGUCUUACCUACCCACAAUCCCUCCCUCUACGUCAGGUGCCUACAUAGAUGAGCAGGGCAACAAUGUGAAUGAGAAAGAUGGCGCGGCGGGCGGACACCGCUCGCGUGCUCACUCCUGGUCAUGCAGCUCGGGGAGAAGCGGGAACUCGGUGUGCACGCUCAGCCCAGUGACGCCCAGAGAGAGCAAGCGGCAGCGGGAGAGAGAGAGCUGGAGGGACAGGAAGCAGUCUGGCAGCGAGGUGCGAGGGAGAAGAAGAGGAGGAGGAAGAAGAGGAAGAGGGGGCGGAGAGGAAGAGCGGCACCCUGUACAACCCAAAUCGCUCCAUUUAUCCCGCCAUGAUGCGUCACCGCUCCCGCUCCUCCUCACCCUUUCACUCCAGCGUAGAGUCCGGCUCGCCGCU